CACAACCACGCAUUUACCGCAGGCCCAACUAUUCAUCCUCUUUCAUAUUAUCGUGUAUUUAUUGACCUAGAAUUACUCUAUCAGGCUAUGGAGAUCCUCAGCAAAGCUGUGUUAGCAGAAAUGUUCGAAAAGCGAAUAGCAGUUCUCAAUGAGAAGUUGGGAAAACUAAAGAAGCUCAGCAUGCCUCCCGAGACGUCAGUUCCUAGCCUGCUGCGUCUUCCUAUUGAAAUCUGCUUACAGAUCUAUUAAUACUACAUUCCUUGAAAACGCAUUAUUGACGUGACAAACCCACGCUUCAAUUCGCAAGGGUUCUCGGUGGAGCGUAUUCAAGACUUCAAAGCCGUCCGCGAUGAUACGGAGUCCGAGAGACUCCUUGACCACUCAGAGUCAGCAGAUGUUCAGGAUUUGGAGGGCGUUUUCGUCGACAUGAAUUUAGACAACCCCAGAGACGAAACGUGCUUGAACGCCGUUCAGAAGUUGGACUCUCUGCGCGAGGACUUCGAUGGCACCCAAGACAAGACAAUCUUGGAAUCUGUCCGAAAUUUAGAGGGCAAGAUUCUCGACUACUGGAAUCCAACCCAGAACAGUAUUCUCCUUGUAUCGAAGCAUAUCAGUGGAGAAGUUUUAGAUAUCCUCUACGGGGAGAAUAUCUUCAAGCUGCAUCUUCAUGGAGAAGGCACAUACUUUAUCAGGAAGAAUUUCACCGAUCGGAACAGACAAAGAAUGAGGUACCUACUGCUGAUUGCACGACCUAUGGGUGUUUCAUACAGGCCAGAGAGGAUAGUAGAUGAUCCACUGUGGCGUUCUAUUCUCCCUCAUUUGAAGGGGCUACGAAUUAUACUAGAGCAACCUGUGGAAGUUGGAAGUUACUACAAUGCACCCACACUUGAGUGCGAAAUGGGUUGCUGGGUCGAUUGGAUACGACCAAUGCUUCAAUGUUUCGGUGGGCACUUGUCAAUACAAACUGAAGUUGAGAUUGAUUGUGACGUCCGGGCAGAGACAAGGGCACUUGCUAAAGAUUGCUUACCGUAUGGCUAUCAGGAAAUUCGAUGUCGUCAUGUUGGUGACUUUGUCUUCAAAAGAGGACAGUUUUCAUGGGAGUCUGGAUAUUGGGAUGGUGAUGGCCUAAUGAAUUCACGCGAUGCUGAUGGCGAUUGGGAUUCAGAUUAAAUUUCCGUGCUAUUCGCUCCUUUUCUCUGUAAUGGCCCCAUA